AAUAAGCGAGUACCUUUGCGUAAGGAUAACCUCAUCAACAAGAAAGCAAUCGAUUACGUCGAGAGAAAGGGGUGGGGUCAAUGUGCAGUCGAAAGCGAAAACGAAACGUUGCGCAGGGAGUACGGGUGGCCCAGGGAGUACGGGCGCGUGGAGACUGCGCGUAUCCUCGUUUACGACCACCUCAACACCGUAAUGUCAGAGGACACUGGUGUACUCGCGUUGCACGAGCUCGAUGCCGACGAGUGGCUCGUCAAGGAGUACAAGAUCAAAACGCUAAGAUGUGGGACCCUUCCCGUUCAUGUCCAGAUUUGGAUUUUGUCAAAUUUGCCACGCACUCGGCUAUGAAAUGCAUCCGAGAGAAAUCCGUGUUUCUCCACGUGGAAGUGCCAGGACAGACCUACGAGGCGCCCGACUUGCCAGACGAUUACAAAUUUCCUUCCUUGGAUGACCUGGCACACGAAAUGGUGUCAGUCCUGCACUACUUCAAGAUUCCGUACUGCGUGGCCCUCGGGGAGGGUGCAGGGGCCAACGUCCUUGCCAGAUUGACGAUUAACAAUCCAGAGCUGGUCCUCGGCUCUAUCUUGAUACACUGCAAUGCGAUGGAGGCAAACAUGCUGGAACUCUUCAAUUACCGGGUUAUGUACUGGAACCAGACCAAUGAAAAGACAGCUCCACCUCUGGAACACUUCCUUGUUUUCCACAAAUUUGGAAAAGUCUUCUCAAAACUGCUGGAACAGAGCGGCUUUUCACAGAUCAUGAGUACAAACCCAGCCAGCAGCAAAAGCUCCGGAAAGGAUGUUGUCAUGGAAUACACAAAAAGUGGACAAAAGAUGAACAGGAAAAAUUCUUGCCUGUAUAUCAGCUCCUAUCUCACUCGAAGCGACAUAUCCAGCCUCCUGAAAGACCAUUGCAAAACAGACGUCCUGCUCGUGACAAGCAGCAACCCGAUUCAUGCCGACGUCACCCAGGCAAUGCACAGGAAGAUUGAUCCCUCAAAGGCCGCCCUCGUGUCCCUGGAUGACGUCGAGGAUAUCCUCACCGAAGCGCCCAAGAAGCUCGCUUACAGCCUCAUACUUUUCUGCCAAGGCCUCGGCUUACUGAGCUCGUUGCCAAUCACCAGCCUGACAUCUCUCAUGAAGUAGCUGCCCACAGAUUGACUCGUCGGAUUAGUUUUCCUGAACUAGGGCAUCUGUCACAGUCGCAUGUCCCGUACCGGUAAACAGAUAACCUGCCGUCUUAGCGAGGCAAGUAGCUGCUUUGUCACGACGGAUUUUAGGGGGGCCGGACUAAAUUUAGAUUUAAGUUGAAGCAUGCACAAAUAUUUCCACGCUCACUGACCCAUGGCUUACCAAUUGUGGUUUGCUCAAAACCUAAGACGAUGUCUCGCCCGCAUGCAAAAGGAGGAGUGUGGGCACAUUGCCUAUUCGUGAAGAUUUCCCCUAAUUUUGCUGCUCCAUCUCCAAUUCUCUGUCAACUCCCCAGGUCUUUUUCCCACGGCUCAUUGAAGCCUCUAAGACAAUUGUAGGUUUUGUGUUUACCCUAAUAGAAGGAAACCCGACAACGGCAUGUGAAUUGUUGUAGCUUUUGACCUCGUUCGGUAGCGGUCGACACUGUGCAAGCAUGACACAAGACCUAUUCCCAUAACCCACAAAGGGUCUGCACAGUCUGAAGGUGCAUUCGAGGACACUUGGCAAGUAUAGCAUACUGCACGUCGUGGAAUGUUUAUUUGCUACAUCCACUUCGUUUGCGCUGCCAGCUACAUGCUCCUAGAUUGGUUUUCGCCGGUGGCCCUGUGAAAAAGCACAACUAUCAGUGCAAGUGUUUCCAAGUGCACAACUUUAUAGGACAUAGCAACAUGUAAGAGAGUCAUUGAAACAUAAGCAAAAUGUGUACGAGACAGACAAGUGUUAAUAAAUUAGUCAGAGAUAGCAA